AUGACUGUCUCCACCAAGCGAUCUGUUCUGAUAACAGGAUGCUCUGAGGGCGGUUCGGGCAAUGCUCUGGCUCUGGAGUUUGCAGCCAGGGGUCUUCGGGUGUUUGCUACUGCUCGGUCACUUAAGUCGAUAAACGCUCUUUCGGAGAAGGGAAUUGAAACCUUCGCUCUUGACGUCACUUCUCCAGAGAGCAUUGCUCUCUUACAACAAGAGAUCGCCAAAAGAACAGGCGGCAAGCUUGACAUCUUAUUCAACAAUGCCGGAAUGAUGUACGAGGCGCCGGCUAUCGAAUCUGAUACCCAGCAAGUCAAGAAAAUGUUCGAUACCAAUGUAUUCGGACUCUUCGACGUUGUAUCAACCUUUGCGCCUCUUCUUAUCGCUGCAGCAUCUGGCUCCAACACCGAGCCGAUCAUUGUCAAUGUGGCGUCCAUCGUCGCACGCGUUCCUUUCCCAUUUGCGUCCGCUUACAAUGCAUCAAAGGCAGCCGUGUCUUCCUAUUCGGACACCCUCAGACUUGAACUCAGUCCACUGGGAGUGCGCGUCGUCACACUCUUCAUGGGCGAGGUCUCUACACGCCUUAUGUCGCAAGACAACAUCAAGUUUGAGGAAGGGAGCCUCUACGCUGAUGUCGAGCACAAGGUCAAGGAAAGAUCGGCACACCAUGCAAAGGCAUCCGUGACCCCGGAUGUAUUCGCAAAGCAGGUCGUGUCCAAGGUCUUAAGUGGCAGUAAUGACAGCUACAUCUGGAAAGGCACAAACGCCUUCUUGAUCUGGCUCCUCAACGCCUUCGGCCCCCGCAAGGUAUUCGACUCGGUCAUGAAGGGCGCGGUAGGGCUCAACGACAAUGCCUUGGUAAAAAAGAUAUACGAGCGAGGACAGCGACUGGCGGCUUCCUAG